AUUUGUUUAGCGUGUGAGUUGUGUGACCCACCCCCAAAUGAGUGCAUUGUGCAGCACGUGCGACUCAGCCUUGGUGCGUGUCCUAUACACCAGCCGACCUCAUUCAACACGAUUCCACCGCCGCGGAUUGGUGGUGGCUGGUGGCGUUGAGUGCCCAACCAAACGGUGGCGGCUGGCUAUGACAACCAAAAGUGCGACGGCUCAACCGGUGACUACAGAGGAGGAAACAGAGAGUUUGCAGAAAGGGAUAGCAGAGUUCUACGAUCAGUCAUCGGGGGUUUGGGAGGACAUAUGGGGUGACCACAUGCACCACGGCUUCUACAACCCCAACGCCAGCGCCACCGUCUCCGAUCACCGCUCCGCUCAGAUUCGUAUGAUUGAAGAGACUCUCCAAUUUGCCGCUGUUCCUGAAGACCCCGUGAAGAAACCUAAGAGUAUUGUGGAUGUUGGGUGUGGGAUAGGAGGCAGUUCUAGAUACCUAGCAAGAAAAUUUGGAGCCCAAUGCCAAGGCAUUACCCUGAGCCCCGUCCAAGCCCAGAGGGCUCAAGCACUUGCUGGUGCACAAGGAUUAGAGGACAAGGUUUCCUUUCAAGUUGCAGAUGCUUUAAACCAACCAUUUCCUGAUGGACAAUUUGAUCUGGUGUGGUCCAUGGAGAGUGGAGAACACAUGCCUGACAAAACUAAGUUUAUUCAUGAGUUGGCUCGAGUAGCAGCCCCAGGAGCCACGAUAAUAAUAGUAACCUGGUGCCAUAGGGAUCUCUCCCCUUCUGAAGAAUCCUUGCGGCCAGAGGAAAAAAAUCUAUUGAACAAGAUAUGUGAUGCUUACCAUCUUCCAGCUUGGUGUUCUACAGCUGAUUAUGUGAACUUACUUCAGUCCCUCUCUCUUCAGGAUAUUAAGGCAGCGGAUUGGUCUGAGAAUGUUUCUCCAUUUUGGCCAGCGGUGAUACGUUCAGCACUGACAUGGAAGGGGUUCACAUCAUUGCUGAGAAGUGGAUGGAAAACCAUAAAAGGAGCGUUGGCAAUGCCGUUGAUGAUUGAAGGAUACAAGAAGGAUUUAAUCAAAUUUGCUAUCAUUACAUGUCGAAAGCCUGAAUAACUACUGGAUUAAAUCUGCUAUCAUUACAUGUCGAAAGCCUGAAUAAUGACAAAUGGUAGGAUGUUAAGAGAGAGUUCAAUGGACUAGCUCUUGCUUGGUAAAUGUUUGUAGUUUCUUACACAAUUUUGAAUUUGUUAUUUUGGACUCUGAUUCCAUUGACAACCCCAGGGCUUUAUUUAUUUUUUAUUAAAAGUUAAAACAAACACACAUAAAUUGAUGUUUUCAGUGCAAA